GAUUGAUAAAGGCACCUUGCAACCAUCUCUGUGCAAACUCGCGAGAGCGGUGUGUACGGCAACGGCACUGUCUGUGUGUGUGUGUGUGUGUGUGUGUAUAACAAAGGGGCGCGUAAUCACACUACGUCACGGCGGGGCAAAUGUUCCCGACGAGCUUUCGCGAGAUCCCGCCACCGAGCAGCAAACCCGAAAAGAACCGCUGCUGGCAGGAACGUGACGACGCCCCGGCAUCCUCGCCGGUCCGCUUCCGGUACGGAUACCGGCCGGACGAUCGCCGUCGCGAUGAAGUGAGCGAUCCGUCGUCGGAUUUGUCAACUUCCGUAACGAUGUAUCGCGAUUAUUGGCUGUGCUCACAUACAAACGUAUAAAAAAAAAAAUAAAUAAAUAAACGACAGUGUUCAACGACGUUCUGCUUCGUCUUCGAUCGAUCUCUAAACAAUCUCUUCGUUCGACGAGAGAUACCGGAAGCAGAAGUUGACAGAGAAGAGAGAGAGAGAGAGAGAGAGAGAGAGAGUAAAUAACGUUAAAGGGAAUAGAUUGAGGUCGACAGACAAGGCUGCGACAACGAGACGACUACGAGAACGAGAACGAGGAUAACGACGACGAUGACGAUACGAUAGACGGUUAGUUAAACGAUAUUGAUAAGAGUCGCGAUAGAAGGAAUAGUGCAAUCGCGACAUAUAGCACGUUGGUAGUCUCCGCAUAUAUAAAUUAUCCCCCAUAUACAUAGAGGUAUAUAUAGCGCACAAAUAUAUACAUACAAAACAAACAUUUGUAAAUAUCGCGAUACGCAUACAUAACAAUAAAUAAAUUCGCUCACACGGGCGUGUCGAUCGACAAGCAAUAACAGCAAUAAAGAGAACAUUGUUAUCUCGUGUUAUACACUGUCGGUUCAGUGAUUCUUGUUACACUGUGUUCGAAAGAGCUUGUUAAUUGUUAAACCGCUCGACGAGUUAUUCAAUUAUUUCACACGAGGACCGAAAGAGUACAUCGACGACAAGAUGGCGUUCGCCGCGGCGAGGAUGAUCCUCAAGGACAAGCGCAGGAAAGCCAGCAAGGAAGACUUCGCACCGCGAAAUCGGAGCAAGGCUCGCAGCGCCAGUACAAGUAGCUUUAGAAGCCUGAGCCAGGCACGCAACAAACCGGCGGAUGGUGUGGGUCAUGUAAACCAAAAAGGUGCUUCUGGUCAGAAGACGCCAGUAGCUGGACAAAAGGUCGCACCAGGCACUAAGGUCGCGGCGAAGCCGGCCCAGAAACCGACAGCUCAGAAAGGGCAAGUGAAAGUGACACCCAAGGCGGCCUCCGUAAAGACCGGCAAGAACAAGAAGAAGGGACAGCGGCAACAGUACGAUCUCAUCGUUACCAUCAAUCUGUCCGAGUAUGGGCUGACAGAAGAUCAGGUAGCAGAAUUCAAAGAGGCAUUCAUGCUCUUCGACAAAGAUGAGGACGGUACGAUUACGAUGGCGGAAUUAGGGGUUGUCAUGCGAUCUCUCGGUCAAAGACCGUCGGAAACGGAACUGCGCGACAUGGUGAACGAGGUGGAUCAAGAUGGAAACGGUACCAUCGAAUUUAAUGAGUUUCUUCAAAUGAUGUCGAAGAAGAUGAAGGGUGCCGAUGGGGAGGACGAACUUCGCGAAGCGUUCCGAGUGUUCGAUAAGAACAACGAUGGAUUAAUCUCCUCCAAAGAACUCCGACACGUAAUGACAAAUCUCGGUGAGAAGCUGUCCGAGGAGGAGGUCGACGACAUGAUUAAGGAAGCGGAUCUGGACGGCGAUGGAAUGGUCAAUUACGAGGAAUUCGUGACGAUCCUAACGUCGAAAAAUUAGUUCGGAGAUCGAAGGAAGGUAAACUCGCAUUCGGAGAUACCAAAAAUACCAAAAGAUCUCCGACAGAGGAGGGAUAAACAGAUCCCCCGCCCAAGUUCCUUGACUUCCCGGAAUCGUGACGAGAGGUCGUUUCACGCCUCGUAAAGCUGCAAAAUCCAAGGUGCUGGGGAGAGAAGUCAAAAGCUCGAUCCACCCGAUCGAGCGUCAACCGCGAUGUGCGACGCCGUGAAAUUGCUGAAAAUGCGAGAAUUGCGAGAGAAGGCGCACCGAUUUUAUCACGAUACAGCUUUGAGGGAUAAGUGCCGAUGAUUUCGAGCGUAAGUAGCGCCAGUAGAAAACUUGAAAGUCUUUGGAUCACUCUCGGGAGAUUACACGAAUUAAUUAUCGCGAAUACGCCUUUGACUUUGGUCGAAAAACCAAAGAGGAGAGACUUACUUCCCCGAAUUGCAUACGCAUUAUAUAAACAUAUAUAUGGACACACACCACGCGCUCCUUCGGACUCAUUUUAAACAUGAAUCGUAGGGACAUAACGAUAAUUACGCGUAUUAUUACACGGUAAAUAAAGCAGUUAUAUCAAAAGGAGAAGACGAUAGGGAAGGGGGAAGGAGGGGAGGAGUGACCUGUCGCCACCCGGAACAAUCAAUCGAGCUUUGUUUAGACUUUUACGUACUAAUCUUUAUCUCCCCUUUUACGAAGCGAUUUAGGAAUUAACUAGCUUUCCAUGCCCCUUUGAAUGCUCUCGCGAGAAAGGAGUAUAUUAGUAUAUGUACACGAUAUGUUUACAUAAUACAUAUAUAUACAUAUUAUUAUUAUACGAUAUUCCCCUUUAUUUUGCGUUGCGCACGUUUCCUUGAAACGCAACGCUCACGAAAGGUACUUCGAGCGUUUUUACCGCUUGUAUUAUACGCAAAUGUGCGUAAUUCAAAAAGUAGUGAUACACACAUAAACACACUCUCUCAUUUGAUCAUCGUUUGUUCGAUUCUUAGUAAUUUUAGAGCAGGCACGCCGACAACAUACUGACGAAUAAUUAACUCUUCUGCUUUGACACGUAACGUGAAUAUGUUUCCGUCGAUCAUCGUGAUGCCAUGUUCUGUAAUCGGUGAUGAGUGCCCUGGUUGAAAAAGUGCUUCGGAAAAAAAAGCUGAGCGCGCUAAUUGUAUUUAAAUAAAUUAUUACGAUAAUCUCGCGAAGGAAUAGCUCACUAUCUAUCCACGAGGUUCAAGAAAGUGUCCGAAAGUGUCCUUGAUUAUCGAUGGGUUACUGGAAGGAGAAUAAUUUAACAAAUCAUCCGGAUUUAUCCGUAGAUCCAUCGGUGAUAAAUUAGAUGGAAUUAAUGUUGCGAUAAUUCUGACAAUCGCUAGUUACAUCCUCAGUGACUAUAGUUGCCCUAGUGGGAUGAUUAUUGGCUGGUAUCUAUAGUUAGAGAGUAUGUGGCGGUGGAGUUUUUGAUAUAAAGAAAGAAAGAAAAAACUCUACGGGAACAAUUCAACCAGGGUGAUUAACGCGACGUUCGUUCCUUCAUUCUGCAUUCGUCGAUCCUCUAUGAGACGGAAAAGGAGGAUUGCCAACGAUACGAAAGAACAAAAUAGAUGUGGCAACGAAACGUGUUUCCGCUGUCACACAAUCAGUAUCGCCCGUUGCAACGUCGAUGACCCCGAUCCAGAAGCGUGUAUACACGCAUUACGUUAUACGGUAUGUACCUUUACAUAGAGACGAGUUGAGAAAAAAAAAAAAAAACACACCCACGAAUCCUUCACACACACACACGCGACAUAGAUGGUAGUACUUAGCGAUUAUAAUGACAGAUACAAAAAGGAAGUAGCCGUACAAGAGUAAAACGGCGGAACUGUACACGUGUGGAUUGUUGUAUACAUAUACUAUACGUAAUGAUGUGUUACUACCACAAGAAAAAAAAACCACAUGGAAAGAAUACGUUGUAGAUAAUUAUAUACACAUGUUCUGUAUACAUAUAUAUUUAAUACAUUGUACAUAUGUCCUCUCUCCGUCACCCGCGCUCCAUACACAUACACGCACGUAAGUCCCCGGCUCGGCACGAAGCGGAGAAACUAAGGACACGUAGAUUGGGAUAGCGCGAGAGUCGUGUGGCUGGACGGAGAGAUCGAAGUAACGAAAAUGUAUAAUAACAACAGCGCAUCGCUUACGUACUAUCAAUCGGAGUAAUUCUGUUUCGUUUUUCGCACGCGUAAUAAUAUUUUAUAAUAUUACAUAUAAAUUUUUUAUUGCUUAUUCGUACAUGUCGUUUUGUAUAUGAUUUUUUUUGCGAUGUGUUAUAUAUUGACCAUGAUUUGUGAAUAUUUGUAUAAAAUUGGAUUGUAGACAAAAAUGUUUAUGUAUUUGUCAUAUGUGUUUUAAGUUAAUAUUUAAUAAUAUAAAAAUCAUUGUUUAUUUCUCUAUUUGAAGAGAUAACAUAAUUGAACAUGUAUAUAUAUGGAAAUAAUUUAUUAUUUUCUCUUCGAAAUAUUUUGUCGAUUUUCUGUAAAUGUUCACAAAAUGAUAUUAUUAUACUAUUAUAGUUGUGAAGAAGGAUAUUUAAACUGAUAAUAGAACAGUGAUAGGAUUUUUAGAUAAGUUAUUUUUACAAUUUAAAUGCACCCUGUUACACAAUUACAAUUCAUUUAGAUUGCUUUUUUAUACGAGUAAAAGUAUAUGAAAAAUAUUAGCAAAAUAUGAAAAUUUAUGCUAAAAAAUUUUAAAGAAGAAAAAUAAUUAGAUUAAUUAUAUCUUAAAUUUCUACUUAUGUAUUUAAAUAUUAUCGUGGAAUAACUCGGAUUAACAUAGUGAAACGUAACGCAAAGGUAACAUUUUCAACGAGAAUAUAAAUUCGUGUAUCUUUUUCUUUCCAAUCAUAUUAAAUGUUCCUCUUCUCGUUUGAAUUUUCUCGCACAUCGAUUCAUAAUUUUUUUUUUUUUUUAUUUACAUUUGUCAUUUUUCGAAUCAUUCACUUGAAUUUGAAUGUCGUGACGUAAAGUUGUUGGAAAACCACUUAUUCCGAUUGACUGUACGUGUAUGCGCUAUGAAAGAUAUAUAAAAUGAAAAAAAAAAAGAAAAGUCCUUUACGUAGGAUAUUGGAUGAAAUCGCGCGUGUUUCGAGAUCCGAGCAACUCGAUCACUUUUCUUUCCAAGUAUGAGUGAAAUGUGGGAGAUGGUUGUGGCUUGAAACGCUCGUCGGACGAAACAGUAAUUUGCAGGUGCACAGAGAUAGACAAUAAUUCUGUUGCUCUCUAAUUUGAUUAAACGACAAUUGACGACGAACUUAUCAGAUUACUCAAUCCGGACUUCAUCUCGAAUGGGAUGGCACAAUAGCGAUGAGAGUUCAGAAUCGUCGCGAGAAUGUCCUUGACGUUAAAUAAUUACUUGUAUAUAAGACGCGUAACGCACGAUCAACGCAUCGCACAUUACUUUCGCAGGCGAAAGCUGUGAUCUUUGAUAGAUCGAUUGAUUUUUCGAAUAAUGCCAGAGUGUGGACAGUCCUACUGCGAAAAUAGUCAAAGUCAAAUUUUGAAGUACGAUCCGUUUAGAUAAGAGAUAUGCAUAAAUUCGAUGAAUAAUAUCGACAUAAUGUACCUGUCUUAAAAUCUCAUUAGAAUUUGACUUAUAUUAUUUUCAGCUCGUAUCGCACCUCCGAUAGAAUACUGCCAUGAUACGUAAUCGAUGCAGACAUUCAUUUUUUUUUUUAUGCUCGAAAUACAUUAAUAUCAUUUGCAAGAAAAGUUUUAAUAAACUAUAUAGAGCGUAAAUUAAUAUCAUUAAUAAAGAAGAUUCGAUUAUGUUUGAUAAUUCCUAACAUAUCUAUACACUUUUUAUCAGUUUGAUGAAUUAUGGCACCGCUUCCGAAAGCUUUGAAAUUAUUUUGCUCUCAUGGCAGUCUUCUCCCAAUGGUGCAUUAUUUAAGUACGCUAAAGGGGAUACGGAAAAAACAGUACCUGUGUAAUCAACGUUGAAUUCGUUCACGGCGCGCGCUGGCGCGAUACGCAUACACACCAUAAAGCGCACUAAACUUGCAUCACGGAGACGCUUGAACGUAUACACGCGAAGAGAUAGUCGUGGUUUUUGACAAUAAUAUAUUUUUUUAACGCUUAUAUUCUCAGAGCGAGAUGUCCCAUCGCCGCGGUGUCAUUCUUUCCCCUUUACGAGUAAGCACCACGUUCCACGAUAGCGCUAUGUUAAUUAUGCUUCUUCAACUUAUCGAUGCUCGAGAUGAUCGAUUACGCUACUCGUCGGCGUUCGUAACGCUCCUCUCGUGUUCGAUCAACACGAUAACGAUAUGCGAGCGACUCGAAACACCGCGACCUGGAUAUAGUUAAGCGCGUGAACGAAUCAGAGCACGGCGAACGGCGAUAGAUAAGGGAGAAAGCUAAGCGGUUUGAUAAAUACGUCACAAAAAUAGCAAUGUAUAACGUCCUAACGACAAUAUUUCUAAUGGUUUAAUUGAGAGAAUUACACCGAAGAAGAGCAGAUAUAUACGCUGGUCCGCCCCUUCCAAAACAAAAAAAAGAUAAAAAAAACACGCAUUAAGUAUAUCAUGAAAGAAUGGUAUAUCUAUAUAAUCUGCGACAAUGAUAAGCUGCUGCACGUCGAUGACACGGUUCACCAAUCUGUUGUCGCAGCAUCAUCCACUUAGAUUUAGUAUUGUUUGUCCGCAUCUUUCCCUUAAAAAAAAAAAAAAAAAUGUUUACUGCGCUAAUAGUUCUUAUUUGUGAAUAAUGAUAUCCGUGAACAGAAGAAGCGAUUAAGUUAAUGCGAAAUAAAAUAAAGAACGGAGUUGUCAUGGUUCUUGAGGAUAAGUUUAGAAUUUAAUAAUCUGAAAAUUGCUCUUUUAUGAAAUGGAAAGAAGCUCUCCCAUUUCUCUUUGUAAUAUUAAUAUUAUACUAAUCACGAACGAAUAUAAUACGUAUGGAUUACAAACAGAAAAUAAUCAAACAAACUACGAGAUUAAAGUCAUUCUUGAUUAAAUGAUAUUUUACAUCUGAAAAUUAAAUUUAGGUUGAAUUUUACGAGACAUUCUUGUCUGUCUAAUUUCUCUUUUCUUUUUUUUUCCCUUAUAAUAUCGAAAUUGUGUGACGCAUGCAGAUAUAAGUACAAAAAAAAAAAAAAAAAAUGGUUGAUGUAAACAUGCAGUGAGUUUCUAUAUCAUAUGCAUAAUGAUAAGAGGAAUGAAUUGUUCGAUGAUACGAUAGCGCGUUAUCGCGAGAAUUGUGUCUAUACGCGUGAAAUGUAGCGUAUGGCUUUUUAGACCUUAAUUAAUAUUAAACAGUUUAUGUUGAUUGAGACGAAUUAAUAUCAACAAAAUCGAUAUUAUGUAGCAUAUUGGCAAGAGGAGUCGCGGUCAAUCAUUUUAUUGAUAAUAAAAACUGAUGAUGAUCCUAUAUUGUACCAUCGAUCACACAAUGCCAAUUGUUAUUAUUACGUGGUACAUAAACUGUUUCUAUCACACAUUCCUCUAAGUUGGCGGUUUAAAGCUCUUCACUCGGAAAUAAAGAGGGAAGAAUUCUUUCUCUCUCCCGUCCCAUUCCCCUUCGCGAUUACAUUAAUUCUGUUCAACGCGAGAAUCGAUUUCUCGACGAACUUUGAGAGAUAUUUAUUAUUAUAUUGUCACUUGUGUGCUCCACAAAGCAGAGAUAUUUUUAUAGAUUACUCCUUGCGCCAAAUCCUGCUGUGCAGCGUAAUACGAAUCAUAUGGCAUUGCGUUGCAAUGCGUUGCAUUGCACUGCAUUGUAUUACAUUUUGUAUAGGGUGUAUCGAAAGUCGCGCACUUUUUCUCUCAUUAGAGAUUGAAUUAAGAAGAUUGCCACGAGUUUUCGAAAAAAUCAAUGGAUGAACAUAUAGGAUAAAUUAAAAAUAAUAAAGUUUAUUUUUCUUUCAUCAGUUCUAGUUUUUGUACUUGAAUGGAAUUUUAAUUGAAUGUUAAGUACAUUUUUGCCAGAAAAUAUUUGAUAUAAAUUAUAAGAUUGAGAUAUCUAAAGAAUCUGAGAAAGUGUAAGAUGCUUGGGACACACCCUAUAUAUGUUACAUUGUAUUAUACUAUAUAUAUAUAUAUAUAUAUAUAUAUAUAUAUAUAUAUAUAUAUAUAUAUGCAUAAUACAAGUAGCAUAUAUUCUAUCAAAUUAUUUUGCGAGCUGGAAGCUCGGAUGCGACAAAUAUUGAUAUUGAUUGUUCGCAGGCCUGCCGUUAGUAGUAUCGCCUACGUACAGGAUGUCUUGGAAAUGGAAUUUUAAAUGCAUUUUUGCAAAUGGCAAUGCUGAAUCGAUCGAGGAGCAUAUGUGCAUUUUCGUUAUAUCCUUUAGGACACCCUGUACGUUUUAGUGUUGCCCUCCAGAAGUAAAGGUACGUGAGUCUUCCUUCUCCGACGUAUAAUUAAUCGAGACUCUUCUCCGUUAUUAUUCUACUCGCUUUUAUCGUCGAUCGCUGUCUGCGAGCCAGACAUUGAGCAAAGAACCGACAAGCUACCCGAUGCAGAUUAUAGAUAAAAAAUUGUAGAAAUUGUAGAAAUCUCGAGACUUCUUUAUAACGUUACUUGAUCAAAAAAUUAUUGACGUUUCGCUUCGUCCGACGUUUGGACGAAAUUGCGCGUUAUCUUGGUGAUAUCGUAGCGGCAUCGACUUAGCAGAGCGAAUUGGCUCUACUUGUUAUUUUUGUUAUUGGCACACAAUAUAGGGCUAGGCUUAAGGGACAAAUUUUCGCAAAAGAAAUUCUUGACUUUUUACGUUGAGAAUAGAAAUAUCUUAUAACUCGUGUUAAAAUAUACAUAUAAAACUGAGAUAAAAUUAUUUAAAUAAUUCUAUUUCAAAAUGUAAAUGAUUAAAAAUUAUAGAUAUUAAAGAUUAUAUAUAUUUAUAUUUAUUCGUUGUUAUUGAUCUAGAAAAUAUUUAUAAUAUAUAAAAAAAGCGCGAAUAAAAAUGCUAAAGAAUUUAAAGACAUUAUUCCCUUAAGCUUGAUCCUACUUUGAAACUGAUAAAUGUUUCCUGAUAAAUUUAUGAUACAAUAGCUUACUUUACAAAUUUAUUUUCAUCUCUUUACGAACAUGUAUGCUCAUGAAGCAGCACUGUUAUUUUCCGAUUUGCUAAGACAAGAUCGUAUAUAUUUAAUUUCAAGCCUUCGGAAUUUUAUCCGAUUUCGAAUCAAUAUUUCAAGCGCAAUCUAGGAAAAAACAAAAAAAAAACAAAAAAAAAACGAGAGCGACUUCGGAGCGUUUAGAAUCGCUUUGAGGAUGUUCGAAAUUCGCCUAAGCGUAGCAAGCAGGCACAAGGGUAUAUUAUCAGCUAGCUUAAUAUCAAAUAUACACGUUAAAAUAUCGCAAACACAUAAUAAUCAAAUUAUAUAUACAUACAUUGAUAGAUACAUGAAAGGGAGAACCUGAUUAUAUAUCUUAUAGAGAGAGAUGUACGAAUAUAAUUAAAACGAUAAUUGUUAUAUAAGUAAGUGUAAGUAAGUGUAACUAAAUUGUAACAAUUGCGAGGGCGGUCGCUUCUAAGCGACACGAUCUUCCGUUCAUUAAGGAUUAUGCGAUUUUCGUCGUACUAUACCGGUCCGACACCGCUUUCUUACGAUUUAUAGAGGGUAUGAUUGCAAAUAGGCAAAUUGUGGAAAAUCGUGUGCUUGGUAUGCAACAUUUUUAAACGCUACAUCCUUGUAGGUGUCGUUUGAGAAAUUGCGUCAUAUUUUUCUCCGCUUAUCAGCCGAUUAUUUUCCAGCAAAUCUCUUUCCACAUCGCGAAUCGCGAAAAUCGCAGUUUUUGUUGCGUUCAAUUUUACAUCACUUAAUAAUCAAGAGAAAAAGAGAGAAAGAAAGAGAAAAGAGAGAGAGAGAGAGAGAGAGAGAGACGAGCUUCGCGCAAUUAUAUUUGUAUAGCAUUGUUGUUUUUUUUUUUUUCUUUAAUAUUGUAGCUAAAUCUGUUUAUGAUUUGCGCCUAAAAACACACGCCACGCGAAAUUAAAUUAGGAUCGCGAGCAGGCAAUAAUCAUGUUAUAUCACAAAACCUGCGGUCAGGAAAUACGAUGAUGUUCAAACUUUCUAGUUGUAAUAAGAAAAUGUCUUUCAUUAACUCUGUUAAACGUUAUGGCGAGUAUAAGCCGUGUUGUUGGACGAGAGUAUGUACGUGUAUUUCCAUAUUCAGUCUAACUAACGAUAAGAAAAACGUCUUGAAAUCGAAACCGAUAUGGUUGCGGAUUCGAUCGUAGCUUCCAUGGAAGGAAAUCUCAAUUGCUUUUUGUCUUUCCAGAUAUCACACAGUUAUAUCUGAAAGUUACAUAUAAUUACUUGCAAUUAUUCAAAUAAUUUACGAUUUAAUAUAAUAUAUAAUUGAUUGAAUUAUCUCAAAUGAUAUUCCUAAUAGAAAAGAAAAUGGAAAAUCAAGAUCAUAACGGUAUAUUACUUCAGCUUUCUUUUUCUUUUAAAAUUGAUUGUUGGUGCUCUCUAGCUAAAGAAUGAUAAUGCUACAAGUAAUUUAGCAGUUGGAUUUUUUCCAUUGGAAAUAAUUAUGUCUAGAAUGAAGCCAGCAAAUCAAGAAUACAUGUCAAGGUAUGUUAUAUGUUUAGAGAUUAUAAUCGGAGUAUGUACGUGUAUUAACAAUAAGAGAAGAAUAAAGGGUGAAAUGGGAAAGGGAAACAAUAAAGGCGAAUAUGUUUACACAAGGGAGCUAUAUCGUGCUGUGAAUGAAAUAGGUAUAUUUUCAGAAAAAUCGAAGAAAGGCUAACGAGAUAAAACGUGUUUGUAAUGACUAAUUAUUGCAACGAGGAAUGUGUCCAUAACGUUAUUUUUCUAGAGCAAAUAUCAUAGUUUUUUGCGUUGUAUAUGGCGAAUACGUAUUCUCAAGCGACAAGCAGGCCUAAACGCAAUUUUUUAAGACGAUAGAUAAUUAAUGCGUGUACGAGCAUAUUUGGCAAUGAAAGCAUUGUUGUUAAUUUCGUACAAAUAGGUACUGUGUCGCGUAUUAUUAAAGUUAUAUCGCGCGAAUUAUACGUUUUCCACAGAUCGCGAGUGAUUUUUCUGAACAAUUUGGAAUUUUGUGUUGUUGCGAAUAUUCGAAGCAAAGUUUGCACUUAACAUUUAAGCAGUUGCGCGUUUUCAGUACAAUUAAUUCAGUAUAGUUAAAUUAGUUUUUUGAUACAAUUAGUGAUUUUUACUGACGAUGAAUUAAUUUUUAUUCGGAAUAUUUUUUCGAUUUGAUUGUGCUACGUGUAUGUUACUACUAUUGCAACAUGAUUAAUAAAUAGAAUAAGAUAAAUUAAAUUUGUUGCGACUGUUUAAGUGUUAAUAUGCGCAUUUCUGCACAAUAUUACAAGCAUUGCGCAUAAGAUAAUUCGCUGACCUUUAAUCGCCAUUUCGCAUUUAUAUUAUUAGGGAGUUAAUUUAUUAAUGAAAAAUAAAGGGCUAUCCGUAGAGAUUCAGUGUGUAUUAAAAAGGAUAAGAAAAUAAUAUCUAUUACUGUAUACAAUAAUAGAUAUUAUAAUUUUGAAAGCUGUGCAAAGUUAUAUGUGAAUGUAUCCAAUACAUAUGAUAAUGAAUUUUAAAUAACUAAAUUAUACAUAACUAGUCUAAUUUAUAUUUUUUUGCAAUAAUUUAAUGAUUAGUGAAAAAAUUUAUUCAAUAAAAAUAUUUUAUAAUAAUAAAUUAAUAAAGCAAACUAAUAGCAAAUUAAUAAUACAAACACAAAAUUUUACGCGAAUACACUCGAUAAUUUCUAAAAUUAUAUAUUUGUUUCAAUAAUCAAAAUUUAAUAAAAAAAAAUUCGCUGUAGUAAACUAAAGUAGUUAAGCGAUGAAGACUGGUUGUCAGAGUUUAUUCAAAAAAAUAUGAAUUAUACGAGUGUAAAUCAAAGAAAUAAUGUUACAGGAGAUGAAAUGUACACACAAGAAAGAAGGUGCGAUAGUGAUAUUUUAAUAAGAUUAAUAUCGAGAUUCUGAGAAACAAAAUUAUGUUAAAUAGAUAGAAUAAUGGUGCAAACAAAUUGAUUUUAUCAUUUUCAUUCAACGAACAUGAACAAAUGUUUAAUUAUUUUUUUAAUCUGUUUUUAACUGCGAGAUUUCAUGAUUUUUCACGUGAAUACUUUAUACUCGCGUUUCAUCCUAAAAUCAGGAGAAAAGUUAGAAAGAACAGGGAUUCAGAAAAGAGUACCGUAUAUCUGUGCGUGUAUGUGUGUGUGUGUUAUGUGAUGUUAUACGUACGCGACCAUGUUACGUGUUAACGUUAUAUAUUAUAAUAUUAAAACACGACAUAUAUAAAAAAAAGUGGUGAACACUGUGUACUGGUGAAAUGCAAUAUAUGUAUCGAGUUAUCCCUAUAAAUACAGCCAUUUUAUAAUAGA